UUUUGUUUUUCUUUUUUCUCUCCUCCCCAUGUUUUACACACACAGCUGAGAGAAAAGGGAGCCAGUCAGAGAAAAAAUACCAUCUAAACCCUACCCCGGUAUAGGCAGCAGUACUGGCAACCGCCGUCUCUUUGUUCUACACUGCCUUUGACAACAAAAAAGUGAUAUUAAGAUAUUUUAUUCUUCAAUGCCAACGCGGAAAUUUGCAGACAUGGACUCAAACGGGACUGAGUACAUGGAUCAUUACGGGUCCUAUGUAAAGAGGAGGAGGCAUGACAGCGAUCAGACUGUCUGUAAUGUAACAUCUGGCCUGGAGUACACAGACCUGGAAGCAGCUGAAGCGCUGGUGUGUAUGAGUUCUUGGGGUCAGGGUCACAUUAUCAGCAGCAACAGGCCAAACCCCUGCAAGCCCCGACCCCUCACCCCGGCCUCUGAUUCCUGCGACUCCCUCUCACCACCAGAACUGCCAGAGCCUCCAAAGGACUUUGUGUCCCUUUCUUCUCUGUGCAUGACCCCGCCUCACAGCCCCAGCUUUGUGGAGCAUUCAACAUCCAGCUCGAUGGCCUCUCAACACGGUGGCUCCGGGCUGCAUCAACCUGUCCUGGCACCCAUUGCUGAGAAGACUCCCUCUCUCCCCCCUCAACCCCAGCCCUGCAGAGCGAUGGCGACCAGCGUCAUCCGCCACACGGCAGACAGCAACCCCUGCCAACACCGCAUUCCAGUGGCCCCCAACCCAGAGAAAACAAGAGACACAGUAACGGCUGUGACGCUCUGCCAGCAGCGACUGCAGCAGCAGCAGCACAUCACAAAGACUGAGAUCAACACACCUCCAUCUCCUGCUGCUCUUCUUACCCCUGUCUUAAAAACAGAGCAGCAAACCAGCCCCUUAAAAUUCACUUUGGACAAUGUCUCCAUCACCACUCCGCCUUUCAAACCCCAACCACAACACAGCCCACGCACUUCGCCUGCUCCACCCACAACCCUGACCCCGCCUUCAGUCACCAGCCCUCAGAUCUUCUGCCAAAUGUUCCCUGUCAGCAGCCAAUCAGGUAUCAUUUCAGCUUUCAUCCCCAGUGCGGUUCAGACAUCCACAGGGAUUCGAACCACCACCACACCCAUCCUCCCACAGCCCACCUCAGCCAAUGCCUCCCCUGUUCAUCAGUCCCUCAUCGUGGGCUCGGCGGUCGCUCAGGGCACCGUGAUGCUGGUUCUCCCACAAUCCUCCGUCUCUCAGGCCCCUCACUGCUCGCAGACUGUCAUGACGCUGGGCAACACCAAGCUGUUACCUCUGGCCCCGGCCCCCGUCUACGUGCCGGCAGGUCCCAGCAGCGGUACUACAGCAACAAAGAUGGACUUUUCCCGCAGGAGGAACUAUGUGUGCAACUUCCCUGGCUGCAGGAAGACUUACUUCAAGAGCUCACACCUCAAGGCUCACUUAAGAACACACACAGGUGAGAAGCCUUUCAGCUGCAGCUGGGACGGCUGCGAUAAGAGGUUCGCCCGCUCGGACGAGCUCUCCCGUCACCGGCGAACUCACACCGGCGAGAAGAAGUUUGUGUGUCCGGUGUGCGACCGGCGGUUCAUGCGCAGUGAUCACCUCACCAAACACGCCCGGCGCCACAUGACCACGAAGAAAAUUCCCUCCUGGCAGGCGGAUGUUCGGAGCCUGAACAAAAUGGCUGCUGGCAAACUACCUUCCUCCAAACCUGGCCUAGCAACACUAAGCAUGCUGGUGCCUGCAGGCUCACAGUAGACAAUGCACACUGCCAUCUUUAAUACUCCUGAGAUAACACAGGGACACCAGGAGCAGCCAAGCACUCGGCUGCUGCCACUUUACUCAUGGGAAUGAAAGAAAAACAUGCACUGGACUCUUUGUUUUCCUCUCUACUGCUUAUUUGUACGUGUAUUUUUCUCUAAAGGAUUCUUUUGUUUACUUUGAUAUUACUGUUAAUAUGUAUGCACACUUUUGCCAAAGCCUUUGUAUGAAGUUGGUCUUACACAUUUCACCUUCUGCACCUCUCCUACAUCACUUUCGGUCGACAGAUAUGUAUGUCGUGAAUGUAUCCUUGGUUGGACUAUGAAAUGCAUUUAUUGGUCAGAUUUGGGAAAAGUUCAUAUGAAAAACAAUGUAAAUAUGAAUGUUAAUCAACAGUGCUAUGAUUAUACCAUGAUUGUAUUUCCCUGUCUAACUUUUCAUAUUAUUUAAUACCUAUUUGUAAUAAACUAAAUAUUAAAAUCAGAA